UGUUGCACUCCACCGACGUCAAAGUGAAACUGAAACGCUUUUCACCCGCGCGACUCAAGCCACACCCCCAAGAGAAGAACAGAGAGCCGAGAAGAGGCUAUGGACGAGGAAGAGAAUAAUUCACUGCAAUGAAACAUGGGUGACUCGUUCGUGGACAUUAUGCCUCUCAACUGACAACCCAACGAUCGGCGCACACCUUUGAGCCAGGAUUUCAGUUUCACGGACAUGAGUCCUGGUCCCCUGCUGGUGUCCGAAACUAAAAUAAAAGAAACCACCAGACGCCACCUAUAAACACAGAUAGAAACUACUGUGAAGGGGGGAACAGUGAAGUGUCUGGUCUGCUGAGGUUGGUUGAAGAUAACAGAGAUGGACAGCAAUCCAAUGAACAGUGACACCACAAGUCUGACCACAGAAGGACGGCUGAAAGAGGAAGUCAUGAGUGCUCCAGAGGAAGAAAUACCUGAGCUGAUGGAAACUGAAUCAGAGGAAGGGCAUUUUGAUUCGUCUCCACAGUGUCAUGAUAGGCAGACGAUGGAGGGAAGAGGAGAGGAACAACAAGAUGAAGUACCCAUGGGCGUUGAUGUGAACACAGAUCAAGGUGGACAUGGUGGAGCUGGUGUCUCAACCGUGGAUCAUAGUGCGGAUGUCAAUGCCACUCUGAUGACUCCACAACCACCAGGAGAUGAAGAGACGGCAUCAUGCCAGGACGACCAAGGAGGUGACAUUCCAAACAGCACGAAAGAUUUUGCCCUUCUGCAAGGUCAUCAGUUGGACAACUGGACUUCAGGAGCAGAGCAGCCUGGCACAGAACACGGACAGAAGAACGAGCCAGAAGCAGAAACACACGCUGAAGAGAGAACAGAAGGCUAUGACAGUGGAGAGACAGAAGAGAAACAUGAAGACGUGAACACUGGAGCAAGAGAUUUAAAUGAACCAGCAGGUUGGUCACUGACAUCUACCUGCAUCCACGAGAGAGAAGACUGCAGGACGGAGGAUGCCAGUGCAGAAAACAGAGGCAGGGCUGUGGUGUUGGGAGAAGCUGGUCUGGUGAAGGCCGAUGGUGAUGAGAAGUUUGAGACAGCACUCCAGAUCACCCACAGUGAAGCUGUAGAGGCAAGCAUGUCUACAAAGCUCGAUCCGUCAGGCGAAGUGGGAAACACCGGUGAGAAGAUCUCAGAAGAGAACGAAGGAGGGGUGUUGCAUGAGAAAGAGGGUCCCACCUCGAUGGACAGCAGAACUGAAGAGAUGAAGACUACAGUGACACGUAUCGAUGAAAAGGAUCAUGAGGCAGAGAUGAAAUUACAAGAGAGCAGUGGGACACCGACCAGAUCCCAGUCAUCUGUGACCACGCAUCAUCCGUGUUCCCUCCUAACCCAACAACCAUUCGGACGCAAGGCUCUCCUGGAGGAGGAACCUGCAGGUGACAGCAGUAUUGUGGCCCAGGCUGGGAGUGUUGUCACCAGUUUGACCAAUCACGAGUUUGCUUCUGUGGAAGGGAGAGAUGAGAAUGUUCAGAGGAACACACCACAUGAUGCGAUCAAGACACGGAGCGAUCAAAUGAGGGAAACAGCUGUGAAAGUCAAUGAAGCUGAAGAGACACUGAUGCAAACUAGGGGACAGAGAACUGAGGAGAAAGACCAAGCAGAACCCACAUUCAUGAUUCCAGGACUCUCCCCGCAGCAGGAGAAGGAGCAGCAUGAUGAGACUUCACUGCUGGGAGGAGGAAGCAAGAGAAAGAAACAUCCACAUGACUCAUACGAAGCAGAGGAAGAGAAGAGAAGGAUUUUAGCUGCUGAGCCACAAACACACUAUGGUCUGAGGAACCAAGGAGCCACAUGUUAUCUGAACAGUGUCCUCCAGCUCCUUGUCUUGACACCCGAACUCAGACCAAGACUGGAUUCUGAGAGAGAGUUUGACCAAGAGCUCCAAAAACUCUUUGAGAACCUUGAGCACAGGGUAUGUGAGACAAGGAACAUCACCAGGCUUUUGGGAAUUCAAAGUGUGUUUCAGCAGCGUGAUGCGGCUGAAUGCCUGGACGAUAUUUUCCCACGACUGAGCCCACGAGCCUCUGAGCUCUUCAGAGCAACUUGGAAAAACUCGACAAGAUGCCUCAGGCAGCAUGACAUCACCACUGAGGACCUCCAGUGUUGGUCUUUGACUCUCCCACUGAUACGUGAUGAAAACGGCGAAUACAAUGUGAAGGAAAGUGUGAGGAUGUUCUUGAAGCCAAAGUCUCUGAGCGCAGACAACAAGGUGUUCUGCCCCACAUGCUGUGAGAAAACAGAAGCGACACGAGAGUGUGAGCUGCUGAAGUUUCCAGUGAACUUGAUAGUGCUUUUAGCCAAAUUUGAGUUUAAUCCUGACUCCUGGUUCUACAUCAAAUCCCAAUGUGAUGUGCUUGUUCCCACUGCAUUGAAGAUGGAGGACUGCGACUACACACUGUGUGGGAUGGUGGAUCACACAGGGGGUCUGCGGGGAGGGCAUUACACCACCACGGCCGGGUCCAGUCAAAACCAGACCUGGUAUCAGUUCAAUGACUCGUGUGUCACAGAGGUUUCAAAUCCUUGUGAGUCAAACGAGAGCAUCAGAUCCAAACAUGCCUACCUUCUAAAGUACAGAGCGACAUCAGCUCCACAGAGCAACAGCAUUCCAAUCACAGUGCCAAAGGUCGACCGCUCCAUUCAGACCAGUGAUGAAGGCCUGUUAAAGAUGAUGAUUCUUCCAGUUGUUUUCAUUGGAUUGCUCCUGGUGUUCAUUUUUUGUGGCAGUUCCAUGUGCUGUAAAACUUGUCUUUAACAAAUGCAUGAUUUGGAAAAUUUGGAAGUGAGUGUUUUUCCCGUGUGAUAUAUUGAGAAGGACUCUUCUUUUAUUCUUACAAAAAAAUGGUUGCAUCAAUAUUUGCCAACUCAGCGGGUAAAUGAACAGUCCAGGCAAAAUUCAGACUGUGAUUGAAACAGUCAUGGUUGUUGGUUAUUAUAAUCUAAUAAUAUAAUAAUAUAAUGAUCAUCAGAUGCAUAUAUCAGAAUCACUUCUCAAAUUGUGUUUGACGUCUGACUCUUUUACAAAUUAAGCUUCGAAGUAUUUCAAAGUAUUCAUUUCUUUACUGUCGACAACUAGUAAAUAAAUGUUGAAUAGAAGUGUAAUUGUUUGUUCCAUAUACCCUUAGCUGGGUACCAUGUGUCUGUGAUUCCUGCCAAAACACCUCCCCAGUGCACAGGACAGUAGACUCAUCCAAGUCUGGUGAGCAGAGUUGUGAGUUGUGUUUUAGUGGGAGCAGUUUUACACAGGCACAGUGGUGAUUUGUGUGAGUAGACGGUGCAACGCUGUACAACGCUAGCAACCUCUUCAAACACCUCAGGUGCAAACAUCCCAAGGCUUGUGCCAAAACUGAGAGAAGGAAUGAGCCAGAGAAGUCUGCUGCAACUGCACCAUCACAGCGAAGAACUUUGCUGGAGAGUUUCAAGAAGAGCCAUGUCUAUACAGUCAAUGUGUCUAUCACUGGAUGCGUGAAUCAAAGUUAGGUUUCAAAUAUGUUGCCUUAUGUUAUUCAUAUUUAUGCUAAUUCUCUGUUUAAACAUUCCUACUUUGAACCGUGCACAUUAAAGCUGCUGCAUAUGGACCUUGUCAUUGUCCUCCACCUCAGCCUGUCCUGUGCAUCCUCCCUAAUCCUCCUUCAUCAUGUCCAUGAAUGAAUAUAAAUCCUUCUGAUGUUCUUCAUGCCUCGUGUUCCCUGUCUCUCCUCUCCAUCUUCAUCGAAGUCUGACCUCCCUAACUUGGUCUCAAAACCUCUUCACAUGAUUGAAUUUUUCAUUGUAAUGUCAGACAUGCAGCUAUCAGGUAUUGUCUUCUGACUGCAGCAGCCAAAACAAAAGCCUGUCUUUGACCCAAUGUACUGGGCCAGCGAGCACCAUGGGCUCAGCACUGCAGAAUCCAUAAGGAGUGCACCUGGAAGACGUCUCGUCGAGAAUGAAAGUGAAAGCUUGACAACUGAUCCAAAGGCGGGUUUCCCCUCAGUGUUUUUACACUGUUUAUGAUACUUUAGUGCUUUUUGGAUUUCAUAUUCAAAUAUAUCAACAUAGAUAAUGACUGCAAAUGAAAGGGAAAGUGACUGCAGUGUGGCUGAAGUGCGCCACUGGUUGGUUGGUCACCAGUGUGCACAGUGGACUUGGCUAGUGUUCAACAUUACUUCAGCCAGACAGUGAUUUCAUUG